CUGCAGAUCGGAAACCUUGGUCUCUCUCGGUGUCGGACGUUACGCCGUUCCGUCCUCCCUCUCGCUGCCUCUCUCGUCGGGCUGCCGUCAUUUACCGGCCGGGCCAAUGGAAGAAUUCGAACAGUGGAAGGAACAAGUUGCUCACUGGUGGCGUCUGGGUCUGGAGUAUUUUCGUCAGGCCCCGGAACAGCUGUAUGCUGCCGCUGCUGUAUUGGCAUUUACAGUCAUACUACUACUGUUGAUUCGCUUGUUUAAACGUGCAAAGUCUAAUACCAUUGUACUCACUGGCCUGAGUGGGAGCGGGAAAACUGUUCUGUUCUAUCAGCUUAGGGAUGGCUCUACUCAUCAGGGAACUGUUACAUCAAUGGAACGUAAUGAAGGCACAUUUAAUCUUCAUUCUGACACAACAAAGAAGGGUAAGAUAAAGCCUGUCCAUCUUGUUGAUGUGCCUGGGCAUUCUCGUCUUCGGCCCAAACUGGAUGAAUACUUACCUAAAGCAGCUGGCAUAGUUUUUGUGGUUGAUGCUUUGGAAUUCUUACCAAACUGCCGUGCUGCUUCUGAGUAUCUAUAUGAUAUUUUGACUAAGGGAAGUGUUGUGAGGAAGAAGAUUCCUUUGCUUAUUCUCUGCAAUAAGACAGACAAAGUCACUGCUCAUUCCAAGGACUUUAUCCGCAGACAGAUGGAGAAGGAAAUUGAUAAAUUGCGGGCAUCAAGAAGUGCAGUAUCAGAUGCCGACGUUACCAACGAGUUUACCCUUGGUGUUGCUGGGGAACCAUUUUCUUUUUCCCAGUGCUAUAACGAAGUUACAACUGCAGAAGCUUCUGGUUUAAAUGGCGAGAUAUCUCAGUUGGAACAGUUUAUCAGAAAAUACGUGAAGCCUUAGCUGGAUGUUAUAGUUAAUUUCAAUGUAUGAGAGCUGGCCUGGGUUGGUCUGCUCGGUUGUCAGAACUUGGGGAAGCCUAGCAGUUUUUCUUGUAAUUGGCAAGAAAGAAGGGAAGAAGUAAAGUAGAGGGGGUCAAAAUAGGGGGGACCAACUGACGGGAACUCCUGGUGUAUGAUUGGUUAUGAAUCAACUGAUUUGAAUUUGGAUAAUUUUUCUUGUCCGAGUGGGCAUUUUGAUCUGUUGAUCCCUUGAUUGUCCUCUGCUUGUUUGCUUACUGAUAUUUUUGGCACCCCUGUCC